GCAGCAGCAAGGGUCUGGGACCACCAACUAUUACUACUAUCAUAACCAAUCCACCCUUGUCCCCCCCAUGAAUCCCAUUCCGACAUCAACUCCCAUUUUCCGGUGACCUUUGGAUUCCCACGUCUCUGCUCCAGUCAUUUCUGUUGCUGCUCGACCUCCUCCAACCCUUUCCCAGCCGCACAAAAGCAGACAACGACACUCGACUGUCGAUUACCCGAGACAUCGGACCUACAUUUUUCUGGUCACGCCCGCCCUACCACCCGAGGGAUUUUGAGACUUCGAGAAGGACGUCAAGACACACAGAGACACUCCAAGAACACCACCGAGCCGAGUGAAAGUCAGCAGUGGCGCCACCCACACCCUCGUGAACUUGGCCCUCUCUCUUCACAUCCACAAAAAAUUCGAAAUCUCCAUAUAUGCAGCUGCCCUGCAAACAUGACCUUAUGAAAGUAACUCGCAGGCAAGACGGCCCUGAGACUGCAAGACGUGGACGAAAGCUUCGCUUGAGAACAAACCCACCCAUGCAUGUCAGCGGCAAUAAUUCGCAGAGCUCCCACUCGAGUCCAAGGAGCAUGGCGCCUCCAGAAUCGAGAAACAACUUUGAGCGCGCUGCGCCAACCGUCUACUACAACAUGAAGACCUCGAGACCACCACCAGUCACCUCAAAAUCCUACUCCGCCCAGCCAUAUCCCCCCAACAGCGUCUCGCACGCGAGAUCGCAGUCAAACAACCAUUCGAAAACCUCGACCAAGCCCUCGUCACCCAUGGCGUCCCCUCGUGACUCUCUGUCCAUCGCCGCCUCGCACCCACCCAAGCUUUCUCCCUCAGCCGCUCCCAAAACCCUUCUAUCUACGCCCCUGGGACAGGCACAUUGUCAGGAUGGGCGGACUCCAUCUCCCAACUAUUUUGGUCAGCAGGUCGAAUCCAUCGAUGCCCUGGAAACAGGCGGCGUCGCUCACGAUAGAUGGACUCCGUCGACGUCAUCAAUAAAGAGCUUCGGCGCUGCGCUGCCGAAGCAAGUACCUCUUGAUGCAAACCCGGAUUUCGAGGCCUUUAGGAGACAAGCAGAUGUAAACAGGGGAUCAUCGUUCAGCCUGGGGUCCUCCCACUUCGGCAGCACCUCACCCCUCACACUUGCGUCAGGGCACCCAGCAUCAAGGCCACGUCCUCCAAGAUGGCAUACCACGGGUACCGACGCCACCUCCACACCGGCCCUGACCCGCUCGCCCAGCCAGAUUGUCGACAUGCCAAGAGCCAAGGAAGCGGUUCCCGAGAAGAUGGAUGUCGAUAAUGCCAGUAUCAACACGCACGACUCCGCAUAUGUUUCUGCCGAUUCCAAGCGGAACUCAGAAGCAAGCGUCAAUCCCCCCAGCUUUUUUAACUUGCCAAGGCACCAGUCACCCGCGCAGUACGAGAAUCCAUCCUUCGAGAGGAGAGGCGGGUUGUCAAAGGUGGAGGAUUGCCACCCAAGGUUGUCACUGGCCCAUGACAAGGUCGAGCCGCCGUCGCCGAGCCCUGCCUCGCAUCUCAAGGCUCGUUCCGACACGGUACCUGUUAGCUUGGAGGCAUCCGGGCCGGCGAUGAUUUCACCGACGCAACUGAGGGAAAUGCUGGUUUCACCUUCGAAAACGGAUGUCCUGCUCCUGGAUCUUCGCGUGUCUCCACAGUACGCCCAGUCUCGCAUCAAGGGCGCCUUGAAUCUGUGCAUACCAACGACACUGCUGAAGCGCGCCACGUUCAACCUUCAAAAGCUGCAACAAACCUUCCAAGGUAACUCGGAUCAGGAGAAAUUCGCGAAAUGGCGAGACACGAAAUACUUGGUGGUGUAUGACGCCUUCUCGUCCGAAAAGAAGGAUGCUGUCUCCGCCAUGAACACGAUCAAGAAGUUUACCAACGAAGGCUACACCGGCCAAUGUUCAAUCCUCAGAGGCGGUUUCAACGCUUUCGCGGCGUCCUACCCAGCCCUCAUCGAGAAAGGCGGUGUCAUAGAGCAGUCGCCCGGCCGGCCGACAUUGUCACUACCUGGCGUCAGCGGCUCGAGCAAUAAGGACGGGAGACCUAGUGUUGCCCCCGUCGUCGGCGGAGUCAUGCUUCCUAACACGAGUAACGCGGCCAAUCCCUUCUUCGCCAACAUUCGACAAAACCAAGAUCUUGUUGACGGAGUCGGGCAGAUGGAUGUCAAGGUCCCUCAAGGGGCAGAGAUGGAAGCACUUCCGAAGUGGUUGCGUGCGGCUGCCACUCCAUCGGACAAGGGCAAAAAGGUCAGCGACAAAUUCCUGAAUAUCGAACUGGCAGAGCAAUCGCGGAUGAAGGGUGCGUAUUCCUACCUUAACCCUGGCACAGCUGUUGGUGCUGGAGGAGAAGCCCAGGAGAAGGUCGUGUUGAGCGGUAUUGAGAAGGGCGGCAAGAACCGCUACAAAGACAUACUGCCAUUCGAGCAUGCUCGGGUCAAGCUGCAGGGCAAGCCCGAAGGUGCCUGCGACUAUGUGAAUGCCAGUUAUAUCAAGGCAUCCAGAAGCCACAAGAGAUAUAUCGCCAGCCAGGGUCCACUGCCGGCGACCUUCGAGGACUUUUGGUCUGUGAUCUGGGAUCAAGAUGUUCGCGUGAUUGUGAUGCUCACGGCGGAAUCCGAGGGUGGUCAACUCAAGUGCCAUUCAUACUGGAAAGAUCGUGAAUUCGGAGCCAUCAAGCUACGGGCCCUGUCUGAGAAGAAAGUGUCACUUGACAUCGACAAGAACAGCUCUCAGCCCACCACGUCGAAUGACUCCAGCGACUCGUCAUCCGCCUCCGGUCAAUCUCAGCCAGACGAUGCCUUUGGCUUCGGAGCUGCGGCGGCUGAAAUGGGCCGGAGAAGAGCGAACACUACCACGACUUUGGAUGCCAGCCCACAACAGGGACAAGCCAAGUCGCCUGCCAACCCCGUCGGUGGCGAGACUCCGUAUGUUAUCAUUCGGAAGUUCGCUCUGUCCCACUCUGCUCAUCCCUUCGCCCCGAUGCGCGAGAUCACCCACCUGCACUAUCCCUCCUGGCCCGACUUCGGUGCGCCAGCUCAACCGAGCCACCUUCUUGCACUGGUCGACCUUGCAAACGUCAUGCAACGCGCGGCACUACCCGUCGACGUGAAUACCACACUAGCAACCGCCAAGAGCCCACAGCAACCUGAAUCUUCCACUCAAGGCAACUCUGCGCGCAGUCCGAAGAAACGAACGCGGGCUCAAAGUGGGAUGCCACUCGCUUGGUGGGAAGAGCCCGAGGCCGACCAGAACGCGCGCCCCAUGCUUGUCCACUGCUCGGCGGGCUGUGGCCGCACUGGUACCUUCUGUACUGUUGACAGCGUAAUCGACAUGCUCAAGCGUCAGAGGAUGCGCAACAUCAAGAGGGCCAACGCCAAUAUCGAGAAGAAGGUUCGUGCCCACAAGCUGCAGCCACCCCCGCAGAUCUCACACGACCAAGAGGGGGAUAUCGCCAUGGCUGGCUUGUCCUUCGACUCGCUUCAAACCGCGUUCAGCGACCGAACCGAAAGGAAAGACCCGUUCGACGAUUGCAUCAGCCCCGGCACCGCCGCGCCGCCCAAGUCACCUGCGUUCCCCGAUGUGACCAUGUCUUCGCCCUCUCCCGCUAGGUCCCACUCCUCGUCCGACAGCGAAGAUGACUAUGGCAGCAUCGACACGUCUUGGAUUGAUGACGACACCAUGGAUCUAAUCUCGUCCACUGUGACCGACUUCAGGUGCCAACGGCUGUCGAUGGUGCAGACUCUUCGCCAAUUUGUUCUCUGCUACGAGACCGUUGUCGAAUGGGUAUGGCGGCUACAAGAGCGCGGGGGUCCGGCGGGCUCGGUCGUGGGCGCACCCGGAACGGGAGCUGGUGGGACCGCCGCAAUGCGGGCUAGGGGCCGCAGUGGGACCGUGGCCCACGUGGGACACUCGAAGUAGAAUCCUCCUCUCCGCCAGUCAUGAGGAGUAUCGGAGUGGAUGCUAAAGUCUGGGGUCCCCGCGGCGGGACUUUCCGUGGGCUCCGUGUGCUCAUUUUGGAGGAUCCCGAAUAGCAAAACGAGCCGGAAGCAGCGGCCUUCUGGCAACCUUUUCUCCCUUUUAUUACGAGUACUUGCUUCAUCGAAUACAUUAUGGACAGGGGCGGGACCGGGAGCACCAGACCACUUGUUUAUAGGCGUUUAUCAGGUACACAUCGGGCGUCGGCGCUGGGGUAUAAGCUUUGGACAAAGACCAAGAUGGUGCAUUAUUUUCAUGUCUUUUCUUCCACACAUUGUUUGUCUUUCUCGCUUUGCAGUGUUUUGCAUGUGUGGUCUUCCCCGGAACAAGAAACUGGGCAAAGGGUUUGGUUGGGUCGGGGGGGUUCGGUUUUGGGCUCAAUGAGAGGUAUUACUAAAGCAUCUAACUGUACACAGACUUGCAGAGGUUUGGUUACGUGUUCCUCAAACAACCUUACUACUACUACUUCUACUCCCAAUAUUAACGCGGUUCUUGGA